AUGGGAGUUGCUCCUUUUUCAUCUGCUGAGAUCAAGCGCCUCGUCAAUGCGAACAACAAGAAAGUCACUAGCAUGCAUAAUGUCUGGGAUAUUUUGCUCAAGUCUCUGCCCGAACUGCCUAAGACCCGUGAUCUGCCAUGUAAGGAAGCUGCUGGGAAGCAAGUCAAGCGCGGGGCUGACUCAAUGUUGCAAGUUGCAGCCAAAAGAGCUAAAGAGUCGUCUGCUCAAGCAAAAUGUCCUUCAGUUGCACGAAUUGCCGGUCCAGGAGUUGGUGACACUUUGCUGGUCAAUUUUGGUACUUAUGUUGAAGCCACAGAGGCGUCCAAGCAUGAAAUUUCUGCUAAUGCAUACAAGCUGGGAUACUUGGACUGCAGGAACGGUGCUCUUCCUUGUUGCCCUCUCGAACAUGAGGAAGAAGCAGUUGAAGAGCAGGUGGCAGAUGAAGCUGCAAUGGAGGAAGACAACGCCAAAGGUGGUGCAGCUAAUGAGCUUGUCUGCAAUGAAGGUGAAGAUGAGUGCAAAAUUUCCUUUGGCCAGUUAAGAAGAUUUUCUUGGCGUGAAAUUCAGCUUGCUACAGAUAACUUCGAUGAAAGCAACAUAAUUGGACAAGGGGGCUUUGGAAGAGUUUACAAAGGUGUCCUCUCAGACAAUGUAAAGGUUGCAGUGAAACGCCUUACAGAUUAUAACAGUCCUGGUGGAGAGGCUGCAUUCUUGAGAGAAGUACAACUCAUUAGCGUUGCAGUUCACAAGAAUCUUUUACGGUUGAUUGGAUUUUGUACAACUUCAUCCGAGAGAAUCCUUGUUUAUCCAUUCAUGAAAAAUCUUAGUGUUGCGUAUCGCUUGAGAGAUUUAAAACCUGGUGAGAAAGGCUUGGACUGGUCAACAAGGAAACGCAUCGCUUUUGGUGCAGCCCAUGGCUUAGAGUAUUUACAUGAGCAUUGUAAUCCUAAGAUUAUACACCGUGACUUAAAGGCUGCAAACAUUCUUCUAGAUGAUAAUUUUGAGCCCGUUCUUGGAGAUUUUGGGCUAGCAAAGCUGGUUGAUACAAAAUCAACUCACGUUACCACUCAAGUGCGUGGUACCAUGGGUCAUAUUGCCCCAGAAUAUUUGUCCACUGGAAAAUCGUCAGAAAAGACUGAUGUUUUUGGAUAUGGUAUCACACUUCUCGAACUUGUCACUGGUCAGCGUGCUAUAGAUUUUGCUCGGCUUGAAGAAGAGGAGGAUGUUCUUCUGCUUGAUCAUGUAAGAUUUAUAGUCUCCUAUAUGACUUCCUGA